AUGCAUCUAUCAAGCCACCUUCGUUUGACAGCCAUCCUCAUCGGCCUUUUCCAAAGUGGUCAUGCCCAUGGUACAACGCAUCGCCAUCAGCACCGCGACACGUGGCACCUAACCGAUACACACAUCCACGUGCUUCCUCCGUGCUAUAUCUCUGCCGUCACCGAAGCCGGUGGCGAUCCCUCCGGCUUCCCGACCCCGGAAUGGUCCUUGGGAGGGACCCUGCGGAGCAUGAAAAGUGUCGGCUCUCAAAAGGCCGUCCUGUCUCUGUCAACCCCUGGGGUUCCCAUCGUGGGAACUGGAGAAGAGGGCCGCACUCUCUGUCGCAAUGUUAAUGAUUUCCUGGAAAGCAUCACGCAGGAAGCUCCCACCGAGAUUGAAUUUUUCGGAGCCCUUCCCGACUGGAGAGACGUCGAUGGCACCCUAGCCGAAAUCGACUACAUCUUCAAGACGCAGAAGGCAGCUGUCGGGGUUGGGAUGUACACCGUGUAUGGGAAUCUGUUGCCUGGCGAUCCGACCUUCGAUCCUAUCUGGGAGAAGCUCAACGAGUACAAGGCAUUAGUCUUCAUGCAUCCAGGAGUCAUGGAUGUGGAUCCUAUGUUCGUCGCUGGAUUCCUGCCCCAGCCUAUCGUCGACUACCCACAGCAGACGACUCGUGCAGCUGUCGACCUGGUGCUUCGCGGAGUACGCUCACGCACGCCGAGCGUGGACCUGAUCCUCUCUCAUGCUGGUGGCACCCUUCCGUACUUGUCUGCCCGGGUGUCUGGAAGCCUCCUGGUCCCGGAAAUCGCUAGCUCGGUAAAUGUGACCGCAACUGAGGUCCAGGCCGAAUUCCGCCGCUUCUACUACGACAUUGCGCUCAGCACCACGGAGACACAGCUUAACGGGCUGUUAGAGAACACGGAUACGUCCCAUGUGCUCUACGGAUCCGACUAUCCCUACGCUCCCGCAGCCGCAAUUCAAGACGCCAAGGCCAAAUACGUCUCGUUUGCGAACAACCACCCAGAGCUGAGCCCGGACGUCCUGUCAAACAAUGCCAAACGGCUCCUGGUGAAACAUAGGCCGUCGCCUGGUGGCUUGAGGGACUAG